AUGGAGAAAUCAAUCAGAAAUCUUCAAGAAAGGAACACUGAGAUUGUCAGUCAAGAGAAGUACAAUCUCAAAAAGAGUGAAGAACAGAACUUUCAGUGAUGCUGUAGUGCUUAUUACAACAUCUUUUCAUGAGAAAUCGAUGCUAAUCUAUUGGAUUCACACGGUAAAAGACAAUUUGGCGAAAUUGAUAUUAUGUUUGAAGCCCCUCAGUAUCUCAAAUAUUUGCAAAAAUUAAAAUUAAUAAAGUUGACAGACAUAACUAAUAUCAACUUGAUUAACAUCAAGAAUAGAAAUAAGCAUAUUCUGAAUUUUAUCGAUUUCACAUUUCCAAGUAAAGCAAGUUAUAUGUGGGUUGCCUGCUCAAAUAGUUUGAAUCAGAACAAAUCCUACUACUUUAAUUCAUUGAUUAAAAUCUGCUAUAAAGUCACCCAAAAUGCAGCUUUUUAUAAUCUGACACUUAGUGCCUCUCAGCUCAAGAGGCUGGUGGCGGCCUGAAGACAUGUACAGAGAUUAUCCUUAGGAAGUUGUAGUUUGUCUGUUCCAAGGGCUCCUGAUUUCUCAAGAGCUCUUGAAAAUUGCAAGAUAGAGAGAAUAAGUUUAAUAGGAUCCGGAAAUACUAACUCCAGCAAUUGGAAGUAUAACUUUGAUGAGUUUGUGAAUUUGAUACAAGGGUUGUCAAGCUCUUCACAUCUAAGAUUGAGUCUCUCAGAAGUAAACCUCAGUUCUUGUGAAUUAGAGCAAACUAAAGCUAAAGAAAUCUUUAUCAAAAACCAACUUGAAGGAGUUAAAAUAAUUAAUGAAGGUUAA